AUGCGUCGAUCCCCGCGGAGAAGCGAACGUUGCCAGCGGACCUCAUCAGGCGAAGCGCCGUUCGGGCGCGCCCCGCGGAGCACGGAGCGCGAGGCGGACCGCGUGGUUCGGGGGAGGCUUUCGGUGGGCAUUGAGGAUGCCCAGGAUUUGAUUCUGGACCUCGAGCAGGCCAUCAAGGUUGCCUCUGGCGAAUUGUGCUCCAAUCCACAUGGAGGUUUUGACAGCGAGUUCCAGGACUUGCCGGUGGUGCCACGCAUCGAGGGAAAGCCCAUCAUCCAGGAUGAUGAUCUUUCCACAAGAGCUCCCUCAGCGCUUCUGAAGAUAUCAGGCGAGGCCUCCUCAGACGCGAGUGGCGACGAGGAGCACAGUCACAGGCCCCGAUCCUGGGCUGGCUUGUCCGUUGCAAUUCCCGUGGCGGCCGCGGCAGUGUGUGGUUUGAGUCUACUUCGCUGGCUCAAGUGA